AUGGACUGGUCUCCCAACCUCACCUGCUUCUCCCUCACCACUUUGGCAGGGUCCAACCAGACGGGCUCCGGCUCCCCUGCCGAGCUGCCUGGCCCCGGCAAGUACCUGUCCGUGUUCAGUGUCCUCAUCUCGACUCUGCUGGCCAUGCUGGCCAUGGCCACCUUCCUGUGGAACCUGCUGGUCCUGGCGACCAUCCUGCGGGUGCGCACCUUCCACCGGGUGCCCCACAACCUGGUGGCCUCCAUGGCCAUCUCGGACGUGCUGGUGGCCGCCCUGGUGAUGCCGCUCAGCCUGGUGCACGAGCUCUCUGGGCGCCACUGGCAGCUGGGCAGGCUGCUGUGCCAGGUGUGGAUCUCCUGCGACGUGCUCUGCUGCACGGCCAGCAUCUGGAACGUCACCGCCAUUGCGCUGGACCGCUACUGGUCCAUCACCCGGCACCUGGAGUACACGCUGCGCACCCGCCGGCGCAUCUCCAACGUCAUGAUCGCCCUGACCUGGCUGCUCUCGGCCACCAUCUCCCUGGCGCCGGUGCUCUUUGGCUGGGGGGAGACCUACUCGGAGCACAACAAGCAGUGCCAGGUUAGCCGGGAGCCUUCGUACACCAUCUUCUCCACCUUUGGGGCUUUUUACCUGCCUCUCAGCGUGGUGCUUUUCGUCUACUGGAAAAUCUACAAGGCGGCCAAGUUUCGCAUCGGGUCCCGGAAGAACAACUCGGUCACCCCCGUCGCUCCCGGACCCCUGGAGGUCAACAACACCUCUCGGCAACCACAGAUGGUGUUCACUGCCCGCCAUGCCACCGUGACGUUCCAGACAGAUGGGGAUACAUGGAGGGAGCAGAAGGAGAAGAGGGCUGCACUGAUGGUGGGCAUCCUUAUCGGCGUCUUUGUGCUGUGCUGGAUUCCUUUCUUCAUCACGGAGCUCAUCAACCCUCUCUGCACCUGUGACAUUCCACCCAUCUGGAAGAGCAUCUUCCUUUGGCUUGGCUACUCCAAUUCCUUUUUCAACCCGCUGAUCUACACGGCCUUCAACAAAAACUACAACAAUGCCUUCAGGAACCUGUUUUCCAGGCAGCAGUGA